UGAAUGGCUGUGUGCAGCCGUGUUUUACGCUUUUGUGCCUGAGGCUAUGUCUGUGUUUGACAGAGUUGCGUGACUGCAUCCUCUACAGUUCUGUGACAACAUAUCCAGGAAUCUCAUGUGUCUGGUUGGGACUAAAUUGUGUGAUUUUGUGUGAUUAGGUAACUUGUGUCAGUGCCUAAUUAUGAAUUCUAUGUGAGAGAUUGUGUGACUAUGACAUUGUGCAACCAAUGUUGUAUAUGGCUGCGUUUUCCUAUCAGGCACUGUGUGUCUACGUAUGAUCUAUAUGGUCUGUGUGGCUGAGGGACCAGGAAUCUGUCACUAUGUAAUUGCAUAUUGUGGGGGGAGGGACUAUGAACUUUGUGUCUGUGUUGUGUGUUCGUGUGGCCUGCCCAGGCUCCCAGGGUACCUCAGUGGAGGUCCCUGGUGCACAACCUCAGAUUCCCCCAGUGAGGCAGAAAUCAAGCAGCGGCCAGACCAACAGGAGGGUUUGGUGAAGGUCUCCUGCAGAUCAGAUACUUCCUGUGGCCCCAUCCAACCUACCAGGAGAGGGGGUAACUUCCCCUGGCCCAGCCCCUCACACUAGGGCAGCUGUAGUUGCACAUACCUCAACCUCCAGGUAGCCCCACUCUGGGGGGCCACACAGGGGGCCCAUGGUAGACGGUGGUGGCUGAUUAGCAAGGGCUCCUCCUGCCGCUGGGCUUACUCUGGGAGCUCACAACCCAGGCAAUUUCAAACCAAACUAACCCACCCCCACCCCUCCCACUCACCAGGAACAGAGCUUUGGCUGUUCUGGGCCCCCACCUGAUAGCAGCCUCCAACGUCUGGGGUGUCUGAUAAUGCUUGGCUUGGCAGCGUGUUGGUGCCAAGUCCCGCCAUCAGCACGGUUGCUGUUGUUUAUUGGAGGGAAGGGCUGUAGGGCCCUUAUCGUGGGGGUGGGGGGUGUCUCUAAGCCCCUUCCCAGAAUCUCCACUCUGCCUGUUACCUCUUCCCCAAAGAGGGUAACUGACAGCAGGCUCCCAAGUCUCUCCUUCUUUGCGGACUCAGUGCCUCUCUUUACCCAAUCCCUGAACCCUCAACCCCUAAACCCCCAGCCCCUGAAUAUCUGACCUGGCUUUGGAUACAGGGUCAUUCUUUAAGGCCCAGUCCCAAACAGGCCGAGGCAAGGUCUGUUCCCCAGAAACAGUGACCCCCGCCUUGUCUGCCCCUUAUCAACGGCUGCAGCCAAUCAGCUGAGAGCAGAGAGGAGCCCUCUAAGGGGCCAUCAGAGCCUCAGAGCCCACGAGGCUGCCAAAGGAGAGGAGGCCUGAGGCCCAGGGUGAGCACCAGCCAGCUAUGGCCACAGCUGAGACCGCCUUGCCCUCCAUCAGCACGCUGGCCACCCUGGGCCCCUUCCCGGACACACAGGAAGACUUCCUCAAGUGGUGGCGCUCUGAGGAGGUGCAGGACUUGGGCCCGGGUCCCCCCGAUCCCACUGGGCCGCCCCUGCACAUGAGGCUGGAGUCAAAGGAUGUGCCCGUUAAGGACGAAGACGACAAGAGGGACGCGGCCAGUGCCUGGGACCUGGAUCUUCUCCUCAGCAACUUCCCAGAGCCAGGCGCACCUCAGACCUGCUCUCUGGCACCGGGCGAGGGCUCCGGGGCGCAAUUCCCGCUGCCGCUGCCCGAGACUCUGGGCGUGUACGCAGGGGGCCCGGGACUGGUGGCUGGGAUCUUGGGGCCCGAGGAGCACCCGGGUUGGGCACGCCCAGCCCCACAAGCCCCGGCGCCCGACGCCUUCGUGGGCCCAGCCCUGGUCCCGGCCCCCGAGUCCAAAGUGCUGCCACUGCAGCCAAUGUACCCAGGGCCGGGCGCUUGCUCUUCCGGCAACUACUACUCACGGACCGGGCUUUCCGUGCCUCCGGCGCCGGGUGCUCCCUACGGGCUGCUGUCUGGCUGCCCUGCUCUGUACCCCGCGCCACAGUACCAAGGGCACUUCCAGCUCUUCCGUGGGCUCCCAGAGCCCGCUCCCAGUCCCACCGCGCCCCCCUCCUUCCUGAAUUGUCUGGGACCCGGGACGGUGGGUGCGGGACUCAGGAGGACCCCAGGAGACCCAGGAGGGACCUUGGAGACCGCGCCCCCCAAGCGCAACCGGCGCUCGUGGGCGCGCAAGAGGCAGGCGGCGCACACGUGCACGUACCCGGGCUGCGGCAAGAGCUACACCAAGAGCUCUCACCUGAAGGCGCAUCUGCGCACGCACACAGGGGAGAAGCCAUACGCCUGCACUUGGGAUGGCUGUGGCUGGAGGUUCGCGCGCUCAGACGAACUGACCCGCCACUACCGGAAACACACCGGACAGCGCCCCUUCCGCUGCCAGCUCUGCCCCCGCGCUUUUUCGCGCUCGGACCACCUGGCCUUGCACAUGAAGCGUCACCUUUGAGCCCCUCCCCAGCACUUGGACCUUCCCGAGGUCUGGGGUUGGAACAGAUCCACGCAGGGUGGUUUUCCUUUAAAUGGACCAUCGCCGGACUCGCGGCCCCACAGAUCCACCGAAAGACCAAGGGCUGGCCCAUAGACAGACGUGGGGGAGCUCUAACGGAAGCUCUCACAUAUCCUCAGCCACAGGGAGCCACACAGAGACGUCCAAUGGUCACGCAGAUGCAGCAUGUCUCAGAUAGGCAGAUUCAGAUGGACCCUCGGACACUUCGGAUUAAGAGACAGACCCUCAGAGAGCUGGACCUUCAGAUCAGCUCACAGGCGUUCCUGGGUAGCGGGAGGGGUUGUGGGGUGAGGCUUCCCAGUGACCCUGGGUCUAGAAGGGGGCUUCACACUGUGACUAAUGAAGCUCCCUCCACAUAGUGGCUGGCAUCUGCUGUGAAUGGUCAUGGGUCCUGUAAAAAUGCCGCUCCCAGAUAAAGCUUCAGCGUUGGCCUGACUUUGUGGGUUUUGGGUGCUGGAAAAUGGGUGGAAGCUGAACCCCCAGAAGUGAUAAUGGGCCUGGAGGCGGGGAGAAGUCGUACACACUUUCACAUCCUUAU